AUGGCAAUGCUACCAUUAGAAAUUGACAGUUUAUCAGCUGAACCUUAUUUUUAUACUCCGGGUACCAACCUGUCAAUAGUUGCAAAUGUAUAUGAUUACAAUGCGAAUCCAGUCCCAUAUUGGUAUCUUACAAUUCUUAAAAACGAAGAACCAAUUGAAAUAGGUGGAGAAACUAUAGAAGAUAUCUCAUUGGAAUCAACCUCUAUUGGGAAAAAUGAUAGAAAAACAUUAAAAUAUCCUGAGGAAAAGGACAUACCGACUUCAUCAAUAGAAGUUGGGAAUUACACAGCAGAAUUAACAUUUCGUGAAUCUGAUGAAUAUGAUUCAAAAAAAUUCACGAAAGGAAGGUUUGAUUUUUUCAUAAGAAACCGAAUGCAUAUUGAAUACAUCGAAGGUAAUAAAGAGUUCUAUUUCCCAGGAGAGGAGGCAUCUCUUAAAUUUAAAUUUUUAAAUGAUGAAGAUGAGGAUACAUAUUACAACGUUUAUGUUAACGAUGUCAAAGAAGUUGUACACGAAACUAAUAGAGAUCCAUUUAUUGUUAAAAUUCAAAUUCCCGAAAAUGCACCUAUUGGAGAUUAUAUAAUUAAUUAUAACGUUUCUGUGGCAGAUGUGAUAUGGUCUGAAAAUAAAUCCGGUACAAUUCAAGUAAGGGCUAAACCAAAUAUUUCAAAUCCAAUUAGGAUGGAUUCAUAUUUAAUUGAUGAUGAAAUUAUUAUCUUAUUUACUUGUAAUGACGAAGAUGAUAAUGACGAUUUCAGAAUUUCUUACAAAAUUGGUAAAACUUCUGAUUUUCAUCAACUCCCUGAUACUAUAUCUGCUAAUGUUUCAAAAGAAACUAUUCUCAAGAUAAAAGUGGACAAUUCCCUCUUGAAACCUGGAAUCAAUGAAGUCUUUAUCAAAGUAAGUGAUAGUUUCCACAUUGAAUCAAAUAUCAUUCAAACGGAUAUCAAAAUUGUAAAUAAGCCAGUAAUCAUUAUUUCAAGGCAAUCUGAUUUUUAUCAAGUUGGAGAUGAUAUACAUCUGUACAUUGAUUUAACAGAUAAUGAUGAUGAAGAUUAUGCAAAUAUUUCAUUUUCAUUUGGUGAAGAUAGUUCAAAUCCAACAUUCCUUCAGCAAAUAACAUAUCCAAAUAAUGGACAUUCAUUUAGUGAUUAUCUUGAAACAUUCAAGAUUCCAAAUGCUAGAGCUGGACCUCUUAAUUUGACCAUCUUUGCCACAGAUUCUUUUGGUAGAACAAGUAACCAAACAAUAGUGCUUUUGAUCCAUAAAAAUCCAACCAUAACUCCUCAUAUUUUAGAAACAGAUCUUGUUCCUGGAAAAACAUAUCAAGUCACUUUUGAUAUAUCUGAUGAAGAUUUACCAAAUGAUGAGAUUAAUAUAUCUUAUAAGUUAGGCUCAAAUGAUUAUCAAUAUGUACUUACUUACAGAGUGGAUGUUGCCAAAGAAUUCAAUGUUUCUAUUCCAUUUGAUUAUCCACCAGGAGAAACUACCAUCUUUGUAAAAGCAGUUGACAAUUAUUCGCUCAGUGAUGAAAAAAGACUUACUGUUAAUAUUAAGCACAAGCCUACUAUUACUGUUGAUGAACUCGAAAAAUUUGACUACACGGGUGGCAACGUUGUCAUAUUCAAGGGAAUUUAUUCCGAUGAGGAUAAUGACCUAGGAAAAAUACACCUCAUUUCUGAAAUAGGAAAUUCAACGUCAGAAGCAAUUAAUAGUGGUGAAAUAUUCAGCAUUAGUCUUCCUAUUCCAAAAGAACAGCAAGUUGGUAGCAUAACUGUCUAUCUUUUUGGUGAAGAUUUGGAUGGUCUUACUUCUGAAAAGCAUCCUGUAACAUUUAGAGUAAGAUCAACUCCCCCAAUUUGGAGAAUGUAG